ACAAUCAAUAGCUUAGCUUCUUCUUCUUAUCACAAAACAUAUAAACGUUUGCCUAUAUCAAACAGUGAACUGUUUCUGAAAUUGCAUGGCUGGAAAAUGGACAUGCCAUUGGACUUGGAGCUGCAUGGUGUGGUGUGUCCUUGCAUAUACCGUUGCAGAAUUUACUGGAAAGUCCAUAGUUAUGGCCACAGACGAAAAUUAUAUGCAUCACAAACAACAAAGAAGGAAGCUAGAUGAUGUUACUGGCUCUAUUUGCAUUGAUUGUGGGAUACCAGGAGACCUAGCCUAUACUGAUGACAAGACUCAGAUUCAUUACACUUCGGAUACACAGUAUAUUCAAACCGGAACAAGCAGAAACACAUCCUUCAAGUUCAUUUCUCAAAUAACCCAAAGAACUUUCAGAACUGUGAGAAGCUUUCCUGAGGGUAAGAGGAAUUGCUACACGCUAAGACAUCCAGAAGGGAAAAAUACGAUUUACUUGAUCAGAGCUUCUUUCAUGUAUGGGAACUAUGAUGACUUGGAUCAGCUGCCAAAAUUUGAUCUUUAUAUUGGGGUUAAUUUAUGGGACUCUGUGAUGUUUAACAAUGCCACUCAUGUGGUAAUCAAGGAGAUUUUACACGUUCCAUCCAUGGAUGAUUUAUAUGUUUGCUUAUUGAACACUGAUAUGGGAACCCCUUUUAUAUCAGCACUGGAGGUGAGACAUUUUGAUCAUUCCAGUUAUAGAACCAAGUCUGGACCCUUAGCUUUAUAUAGACGUUUAGACAUUGGCUCAACAACCGAUGAAAUAGUGAGGUUUGACAAAGAUGUGUAUGAUCGAAUGUGGUACCCUUACAACUUACCUGACUCUACACCAAUCAAUACUUCCUUCAUCAUUGACUCCUUGAACCACACUGCAUAUCAUCUGCCAUCAACAGUAAUGAGAAGUGCUGUGAAGCCAACAAAUGAAAAUGAUUCCCUGGAAUUUGAAUUUGACACUGGAUAUCCUGCUUCAGAGUCCUAUGUUUACAUGCACUUUGCUGAAAUACAAGAGCUUCAGGAAAAUGAAAAAAGGGAAUUUGACAUUACAUUGAAUGGAAAUUUAUGGGCUGAAUCUGUAAGUCCCAAGUAUUUGCAUUCAACUACAAUAUAUAGUGAACAGUCCAUUAGGGGAAGUAAGCUCACAUUCUCUAUGCACAAGAAACCAAAUUCAACUCUUCCUCCCAUGCUAAAUGCAAUGGAGAUUUACAUUGUUAAGGAAUUCUUGCAUUCACCUACAAACCAACAAGAUGUUAAGGCUAUCAUGGACAUCAAAAGACAUUACAUGUGGACAUCGUCGUUGGGUAAAUCAUGGCAAGGAGAUCCUUGUGCACCACUGAAAUACACUUGGAAUGGUCUAAACUGCAGCAAUAAUGGUUAUGAUUCGCCCACAAUAACUGCAUUAAACCUGGCCUCCAGUGGAUUAGGUGGCACAAUAAUUGCAUCCUUUUUGGAGCUCAAAUUCUUAGAAUCCUUGGAUUUAUCAAACAAUAGCUUAACAGGAUCACUGCCUGACUUUUCACAACUGCAAUACUUGAAGACCCUAAAUUUAUCAGGGAACAGGUUCUCAGGUGAAAUUCCUUCACUUCUCAAGGAAAGAUCAAAAAAUGGUUCACUUUUAUUAAGGGUGGAUGGAUAUCCGGAGCUCUGCCUGAUGGCCCCAUGUGAAGAGGACAAAAAGAAUAUUUUCCCACUUGUUGCAGGCAUUCUUUCAUUAGUGGUCUUCUUAAUUGUACUGAGUAUUGUACUUACUAUCAUUUGGAGACGGAGAUGCAACAGAAAAUCAGCAUCAAAGCAAGCUGUGAGAUCAAGCCAAGAAGUUGUACUGAAGACAGACAGUAAACAGUUCACGUACUCUCAGAUACUGGCUAUUACCAAUAACUUUGAGAAAUUGAUUGGGAAGGGAGGAUAUGGAAUAGUUUAUUACGGUUCUUUAAAUGAUGGCACACAAGUUGCUGUCAAAAUUCUCAUGCCAAAAUCACCUCAAGGUUCUCAGCAGUUUCAGACUGAGGCUCAACUCUUAAUGCGUGUUCAUCACAGGAACUUAGCUUCCUUUCUUGGAUACUGUAAUGAAGUUGGACACACGGCCAUCAUCUACGAAUACAUGGCUUAUGGGAACUUGGAGGAGUAUCUUUCAGAUGCUAGGAGAGAACCAUUGAGUUGGAGACAGAGGAUUCAGAUAGCAGUUGAUGCUGCUCAAGGUCUUGAGUACUUGCAUCAUGGUUGCAAGCCGCCAAUAAUCCAUAGAGACAUUAAGACUGCAAACAUUUUACUUAACGAGAAAAUCCGAGCAAAAGUUGCUGAUUUUGGUUUCUCAAAAUUUUUAUCAACUGAAAAUGAAAGUCACAUAUCAACUGCAGUUGUUGGCACAUUUGGAUAUCUUGAUCCAGAAUACUACACAUCCAGUAGGCUGACCGAGAAAAGUGAUGUCUAUAGUUUUGGUAUUGUGCUUUUGGAGCUAAUAACUGGGCAGCCAGCUAUAAUAAAAGGUCAUGAGAACACUCACAUUGUGCAAUGGGUUAGCCACUUUCUUCCAAGAGGAGAUAUUCGACAAAUUGUUGAUCCAAAGAUGCAAGGAGAUUUUGAUUUUGGUUCAAUGUGGAAGGCUGUGGAGGCAGCAAUAGCUUGUGUGCCUCCAAUUUCUAUCCAGAGAGCAUCAAUGAGUAACAUUGUCACAGAACUGAAAGAGUGCUUAGAAAUGGAAGCAGCCCGAGAACAAAAAGGCAUCAAUGAGCAAAUUUCUAAUUCAAACUCGUUUUCAAUGAAUGUUGUUGAUCUUGAAGCUGAUUAUGGCCCGGAUGCAAGAUAAUGAUCAAGAAUCUGUUUUCUAGUUUUUUCCUUUUAUUUUUUGGCUAUAUAUAUCCAAUUUUAUAUAGUGAUCAAGAAUGUGUAUUAUGGCCUGGAUGCAAGACAAUGAUCAAGAAUGUGCUUUCUAUAGUGUACAAAAGAGGUCAAACCCUGUGAAAUAUGUAACAUGAUAUUAGAUGAUAAUAUAAAACCAUUUUAUAUUGGUU